ACCUCUUGACAGGUAGGUAUAAAUAAUGCGUACACUGCCACAUACCGAUAAACCGUUGUAAUAGUUUUGAAGACAUGUAUUUUAAAACUGUAUUGGUUUCUUCUGUUCUCCUAUUUGCAGGUGUUGCGUCAGGUAUAAUAUGUGCAGGCGAUCCUCAGGAGGACAGUGGGAAAUCUGAAGACGAUAUGUUUUUUUUAAGAAAGAGGAAUGGAGUAAUUAACCCCAGAUAUCGAUGGCGGAAUGGCCAAAUCUGCUACACCAUUUCUCCAGCAUUCAACCAAACUCAAGUUGAACUGAUCAAAAGUACAGUCGCAACUGGAUUCACUGGUACGUGUAUUAAGUGGGUUGAGUGCCAGUCGUGCUGCAAUGGAGACUACGUCUAUAUAACAAAUGAUCAUAAAGGCUGCUCCUCCUCGAGUACGGGGAGAGCUGGGGUGGGCCGACAACUUUUAAAUCUCGCUAAGGAAUGCCUUUAUAAGGGCACCAUGUUGCAUGAGAUGCUUCACGUUGUUGGUUUUAAGCAUCAACACAGCAGUCCAGAACGGGACGACUACGUCACAAUAAAAAUCGAAAAUGUGAUGGAUGGUUUCGAAAUCCAAUUUGGUAAAUACACUCCCGACUAUUUGUCGAGUUUUGGCCAACCUUACGAUUAUUGUAGCAUAAUGCAUUACCACGAGACUGCGUUUUCGAAAAACGGCAAGCCGACCAUUGUUCCAAAAUUGCCAACAACGUGCAAAUUGGGUGCUGCUAGUGAACUAAGCCCGAUAGAUAAACUUAAAGUUAAUGCCAUGUACAAGUGUGGACUGUAAUAAAUUCAAUAAUCAAGUGCAGCAUCAAAUAUUUGUCCUCUUGUAUUGACAAAUAUAUACUUUUAUGGAGUAACCUGGCUUAGAUCUAAGUAACCUGCUAAUACAUAACUUA